AUGGGUAACCCAGACGCUCGAGAAUGGGUAACCGGGUAUAAAGUAGCCUACCUAGAGGAUGAAAGCACAGACAAGUUUAAGGUUUACCAAGAACCGUUUGGAGUCGAAAAGGUUUUCCGAGCCAACCGAAAUUCUGUGGACAAAGUGACCAAUAUGUUCAAGUCUUACAUCCAAGCCAAGAAGAUUCGAAUCAUGCCGACUACAAUUUAUAAAGCUGUUGCUCUCCGUUUUGACGUUUUAGUUUGUGCCAUUGAGUGUCAAGAUAUUCCUCUGAUAUCAGGCGACCAUAAAAUAGCAGACGAACAGCUGUCAGCUUCUUCACAGUACGAUAAUGAUCAUGGUCCGAUGAGAUCCAGAUUGAACCUACAAGCUUCUGGUGAUUUUUCUGGUGGAUGGUUGGCCGAGUUUAACGAUAAUAAACAGUAUAUUCAGGUGGAUCUAGGAGCGACAGUACAAGUUGUGGCCAUAGCGACUCAGGGAAGGAAAGAGAGAAACGAGUUCGUCAGAUCGUUCACUCUGGCUGUUUCAACAGAUGGUGUUACAUUUUAUCCCUAUUAUACAGGAUCUAAUGUUACGGUAUUUGAUGGUAAUUAUGAUGCAGGGUCUGUUAGGAAACAAUAUCUAAAAGCCCCUGUCAUGGCCGGCUAUAUUCAACUCUGGCCUGUCAGUUGGGAGAAACGAAUUGCUUUGAGAUGGGAGGUGUAUGGAUGUCCCGGUCCCCAGUCGAACUAUAAAGUUGGUUGCUAUGCAGACCGAGCCGCAGACAGAGAUUUACCUUAUGAAGCUAUAUCAGAUCCCGAGGCUGGAAUGUGGCCUCCAAUGUGUAUCCACCAUUGCUAUCUAAAGGGUUACUACUACGCUGGUCUACAGAACAGAGAUUAUUGUUAUUGUGGUAAUAGUUAUGGUAAAUAUGGUGCAGGGUUAAACUGUUCCUUACCCUGUACUAACAGAGCUAAGCUUCAGUGUGGUGGAAAAUCAGACAAUCUUGUCUACACCACUGGUUUAACGUCUGCUACUCGAGUGUGCGCUGAUGGGUGGAUGAGCUACAAUGACAGAUGUUACAUCACCUACCAGGACAAACAGACGUGGAAAGAUGCCAGGACUUUCUGUCAGGCCUCCGGAUCUGAAUUAGUUUCUAUAGCUGAUCAACAUGAGCAGGACUUUGUCAUGAGUUUACUGGCUGACGUACGAGCUGAUGUAUGGAUAGGCUUUAAUGAUCUGCAAACUGAAAUGUAUUUUGAGUGGUCGAAUGAUGAAGAGGUUCUAUACACCAACUGGAACCUGGCACAACCAGCCAACCCGUCUGGUACACAGGAGGACUGUGUAUUGUUAACUUAUAAGACAGGAGGGUGGCAAGAUGAACGCUGUGACAUCAGGAGGAAUUAUAUCUGUGAGAUGGAGAAGCAGCCCUCAGAUCUUCUGACUCAGUCGCCUCUGAUUCCUGGUUGCGACCAGGGUUGGGAUGGUUAUGAGAAUUCCUGUUAUCUGUAUGUAUUUGAACCGAGAACUUGGUCAGCUGCCGCUAGAGUUUGUAGAUCUAAUGGUGGAACGCUGCUACAAAUAUCAGACAAGUAUGAGCAAGCCUACAUCUCCAGUAAGAUGGGUUCAUUGAAAGAUUAUUAUUGGACGGACGUGACGGAUUCGGAUGUUGGAGGGACGUACAUAUUCGCUGAUGGUGGUUCACGGAUACCCCUGACUAACUGGGCUCGACAUAAACCCGACCAAAAAGGUCAAUGUGUGAGUGUUGGGACUGGUCAAACAGCUGGUCUGUGGUUCAAUAUGAACUGUACCACUAAAGCCAGCGCUGUGUGCGAGAAGCUGAAGAAGGGGGUGACAACUCUUCCACCAGUGACAACACCUGAUGCUUCUUUACCUUGUCCGGAUGGUUGGACGGCUGUGAGCAUUUGGUGCUAUCAGGUGAACAACGUGAAGUUUAAUCUACAGAGAACCUGGGGUGACGCUCAGAUCGACUGUCAACAGAAAGGAGCUCAAUUGGCCAGUUUUCACAAUCAAUCUGAUCUCGAUGCCCUUUAUACAUCCUCUCUAUCCACCGGCAAUGAUCAUUUCUGGAUUGGACUGAACGACCUGGAAGGAAAAGGAUAUGUGAAUUCUGGCGGUACCGCUGCAGAUUUAACAGCCUGGGCCACGAACGAACCUAAUAACUAUCAGGGUACGGCUGAGAAUUGUGUGGAGGUUCGAACUACUACUGGAAAGUUCAAUGAUCAAGCUUGUUCAGUCCUCAGGAACUGGAUAUGUGGUGUCAGGAAAGGCGUGACACUCCAGCCAGUUACUACGGUGAAGCCACCAACUCCUGGUCCAGCCGGAAGUUGCUCACCAAUAGGACUGGAUGACACGUGGAAAUCAUACAAUGGAAAUUGUUACCUUGUUGUCGAUGGUGCGGGAGAUACAGCAAGAUCUUGGCGGGGUGCUCGAGACUUUUGUCGACAACAGUCAGCAGAACUAUCGUCCAUUUCAACUGAACAGGAAAACCUCUUCUUAUGGUCUCAGAUUGUUAAUAUUACGUCCUACUCUGUGUGGAUCGGCCUGAAUGAGCUCAAUCCUGAUAAAGGUCCUCAAUGGUCUGAUUCCACACCGUUUAAAUACAUCAACUGGAAUCUGAAUGAACCGAAUGAUUAUCUGGGUCUCGAGGCCUGUGUUGAUAUGUUUGUAAAGAAUGGUAAAUGGAAUGAUGAACACUGUAAUCUGAAACAGGCCUUUAUUUGUAAAAGAAGUUUAUCGGGAACAACACAACCUACCCAGGCACCUGUCGUUUUACCAGGGUACUGUCCUACAGGAUUCAAUGCAUAUCGUAAUAAAUGUUUUAAGGUUUAUGGAAACAAUCGUCAAUAUCUGAACUACAGUGAUGCCAGUGCCGCCUGCAGGAAACUUGGUACUGGUUACAAUUUAGCUGCUAUUUCUAACCCACUUGAGGGAGCAUUUUUAACGACCUUGUUACCGAAUGUUUGGUGGACGAGUUGGCUAGGAAUGACUAACGUGAGAGGGUCGUUGUUCUGGGAUGAUAACGAGGAUAGUACCUAUUUUAACUGGGCACAUGGUGAACCUAGCAACAAGGGAAAAGGGCAACAAUGUGUAAUUGUAUUUGGUGAACACGGUCGGGCAGGACAGUGGGGUCAGGCUAAAUGUUCAGAUAAGAAAGGCUAUGUUUGUCAAACCUAUAAAAAGGCCUCAAUCACUACCAUUCAACCGGAAACGACGUCAUGUGAUGUAGAUAAAGGAUUUAGACCACUAAAUAAAGACUGCGUGAUAUUGAUGACAGAUCCUAAGUCUUGGGAUGAUGCUCGAACAUCCUGUAAGACUUUAAUGUCGGAUCUUGCCAGUCUCAACAACCGUUACGAACAAGCAUUCGCUUACCUGAUAGCCAACGAGAACACAAAAGGACCAUUCUGGAUAGGAUUAAACGAUAAGAGUGGAAUACACGAUGAAAUGAUAUGGAGUUUCAGAUUCUCCUUUCCUGUACCUGAUUUGACUACUGAAGAAAGCUCAAGAAAGGGUCAGUAUACGUGGAGCGACAACUGGCCAGUGACUUUCACCAACUGGGGUGAUAAUCAACCCAAUGUUACAGCUGGAACUGGGUGUGUCUCUUUCGCCUCUGACGGUUCCUGGAAAGAUGAUAAAUGUGCGACUCAAUAUCCAUAUUUCUGUAAGAAAACUACUGCUACUCCACCAGUAACACCAGCUCCGGGAACUGGUCAGUGUCCAGGAUUAUCCUAUCAGAAGAUCGGUACAGCCUGUUAUAGUUUUGAUUAUAAACCCAGAACUUUUGAUAUGGCAGUGAAAUUCUGUGCUGAGGACCAUGCUAGGUUGAUCAGUCUUCAUGAUAAUACCACCGACCUGUAUAUCUACAACUUCAUGUCUCAACAGAGCAGCUGGGCUGUUUGGUUAGGAUCUCGCCGUGCUCCUGGUGGAUCGUAUAAAUGGUUGGAUGGAAGUCCAGUGAACUAUGAGUUUUGGAAUAAAGGGGAACCAAAGAGAAACGAUAGUGGUGGCGAGGAAUUAUUAUGUGGCAUGAUGACAUCCUGGAGUAAAGGAUCAUGGACGGCCUGCCCAUGUACCAAUUGGAUGGGCACAAUCUGUCAGAGAUCCAUGAAAUAUGACAAUUCGUCCUACACCUUUCCAACAAUUGGGCCAGCGAUAACCCCUACCCCUAUGCCCGUAUCGGGACAACCCCAAACCCCAAAACUGAUCACCCCCGGUAAACCACUAACCCCUAUACCACCAACAUCAAAUUCUGGUACGAGACAACCAGCAAAUUUUAAAACAUUUACUCCCAAUAACAACCAUCCGUUUAGAUUCCCAACUGGUGUACCAAUUACACCACAACAUCAACAAGGUAACAACAAUAACAACAAUAACAACAAUAACAACAAUAACAAUCCCAGCAAAACUUCAGGAUCGGAUUUAGGCGGUGGGGCAAUAGCUGGUAUAGUAAUUGGAUCUGUAGCCGUUAUUGGAAUCUUGAUUCUGGGGGCUGUAUUUGUCUUCAAGAAGAGAGAGAGUGGUUUAACAGGAUUCGCUCGGUCAUUUUCUAACGCCCUAUAUGAAUCGGGUAACGAGAACGAAGGAGUCCAGUUUCAAUAAUCAGAGACUAGAAAAAGACAAAGUGUAAAUAGUCAAUGGCUUGGAUGUAAAAUUUGUAAUUUGUAAUAUAAAUAAAAUAUUAAAUUGUGUAACGAACCUC